CUGGAAGAAAGUCAAGUGGUGCUGCAACGUGAUUCUUACGACAUAAGCAAGAAAAUUCUCCUUCCCCAACCCCUUUUAUCUCUGCCGUUUCACAUUUACAGCCAAACACGUCCUUCACCAUGGCAACAAUAGCUCCUUCCCUUUCCGUUUUCUUCUCCUUUCUCUUCCUCCUCACCCUCACACUUGCCCGCGAUCUCCAAAACCCAUUUUCCGAAACCCAACCUCACUCCGAACCUGUCAACCUUCCCCAACCUAAAACCGAGCACGGCACCGUUGCCUUCACCGUUGAGACCAUCGAUCCCGUUCCCCUUACAUUUCUCCGCUUCCGUCCGAUCAACCGCCACUUCAACCAUUUCCGAGCUUCGGCGCUGCCGAUAUCACUCCGCUCCGGCCGCCGCCGCUUCCACCACGGCCACCGCCUCCAGAUCCCUUACGGCAACGACGCGAUCGUCCUUGAUAACGCCGCCGCUCGCCGGAUCCAUCCGCGCUGGGUCACGGUCCACGCCGACUCCGAGCCGCGGGUUCUGGCGACCGAGGAGCGCGUCGAUUCCUUUCGCGAACACCAUCACCGCGGCGAGAAUCAGCACCACCACCAGCACCGCGAGGAGAAUUCGUUCGCCAAGAAGAUUCGCAAGUUCCUGAACCUAUUCUGAUUGUCACGACGUAACUGAAUCUGUGUGAGUGAUUAUAAUGACGCUAUAUGGUAGUAAUAUACAAAUAUAUGUAUGUAUGUAAAUAAGUUUGCAUCUGUUAUAGAGGUGUGGAAAAGAUGUAUGAUGAUGUAUCAUACUAUGAUCUACUAAGUUUGAUAUUGUUAUGAUA